UACUGUUUUCAACGUAGAGCUGUGCUAUGGUUGGGUGCUAAGCUAUCUUUUACAGUCUCAUGUAGCAUUAAUAACCACUGUCGCUGUAUGGACGUUAUAAAGUGGUGCCAAAGGAUACUGCCUUUACUUAAAUGAGAGCUACAUUUAUGUCCUCUAUGAACCCGGAAGAACAGGUUAGUGGGAACUGGGAAGGAAGCGCUUCACGCGCUCUUUUUAGUUAGCAGGUUAGCGUCUUUAGGAACAAUAAAACACCUAAAUAGUUUGGUUGCUUCGAUUGCACAUCGUUCCCUGACCAGAGUAGUGUUCAAAAACAAUAACACCAGUAACUCAUGUCUUUGACAGCCAUGGAGUUUCUCCCGGUACUUGACCCACUAGAUGAACCCAAAGAAGGAAUAUGGUAUUCUUUGAUACCCAGAGGUGCUGCUCCAGGUGUCAGUGUGGGUCACACCUGCACGUUUAUUCCAUCUGGAGAUGAAGGAAGAGGAAGAAUCUUUAUUGUUGGGGGAGCCAACCCCAGCGGCAGUUUCUCACAUUUGCACAUCAUAAAUCUAGAUAAUCAUGAAUGGGACAUCCCAGAGUGGGAGGGUUUGGAGUCGCGGUAUGAACACUGCAGCUUUGUGCCAGAGAGCUACCCUCAGAGCCUGUGGGUGUUUGGAGGGGCACAGCAGAGUGGCAAUCGCAACUGUAUCCAUAUAAUCCACUCUUUACAUGUGUGUCCAGAGAGUGGCUCUCGCUGGAAGAAUGUAGUGGUCAAUGGCAAACCCCCCAGUCCCAGGACAUACCACACCAACUCAGCGUGCCAAGGGGACAGACUGUAUGUCUGUUCUGGUGGGGAAGCAGGAGCUUCACCAGUCUCGGACCCCAAACUUCAUGUCUUUGAUACAGUGUCUUCCACCUGGUCCCAGCCAGAAACACAAGGCAGAAACCUGCCAGCCAGACAUGGCCACAUUGUCGCUGCAGUUGGUUCAAAGAUCUACAUUCAUGGAGGCAUGGCUGGAGACAAAUUCCACAACGAUAUGUACUCUCUGGAUACAAGGAGCAUGAAGUGGGAGAAAGUGCAGGCCAGAGGAGACAUCCCACCAGGAGUAGCAGCCCACUCAGCAGUGGUGCUGGGCAACAACAUCUACAUAUUUGGGGGGAUGACUGCUGAUGGAGCCGGCAACUCCAUGUACAGAUUCAACACUGAUAAAAGCAGAUGGGUCCUCAUGAAGUUUGAAGGAGAUAUGCCACCCAACCGCCUGGACCACUCCAUGUGUUUAUUGCCCUGGACGGUGUGUGGUGACAGGAAUGGAGAGGAGCAGCCAGCCAACAGCCCGGCAGCCUCAAAAACAAUAAAUCUGGCCUUUGUAUUUGGAGGAAUGGACACACAGGGUGUCAUUCAUAACGACUGCAUUGUGACUUUAAUAACAUGAUGUUCGUUUACCCAAGUUGUAAGGAGUACUUAGUAAUUGCAUAUUGUUUUAUUAAAACAUGUUAAAGCUUGUAUUGUCAAUACUCUGUAUUAAGAUAAUGCUUAUCAUUUGAGCCAUUGGUAAAAAUAUUUAAGUGUUGUAAAUAAUUGCAACAAGAAACAAUUCAAGCACCAUUUUGUAUCAAACAUUUAUUUCAAUGCCUUUCCAGAAGUACAAUGACCAGAUUCAAAUAAAUAACUUUUAGCAUUGCCUGUGAACAUAAUUAGCUCUGGAUCCCACAGACACCCCCCACUUGACGGACCCACAAAUCCCUGUGCCCUCCCUCUAAAUCCCUCCCCACUACAGAACCCCAUCAGAACUGCCUGAGAACAGCAGCAGCAAGCCUCGUAUUCCGGGCUGACGAAUAUCUCCGCCUUCCAGCGAAGAGAACACCUCUCUCUCACACUUAUUUUAAAGUCUUUCAGAAGAUUCAGUAUGGUUGCUUGUCAUCGCCACCCCUUCCCAACCAUUCCUCUCACUAUUUGAGUCCCAUCAGUUCAAUAUAUACAUCUAGAUGCAACUACCAGAGAGGCAAGGGGCGACAGAAGAGCUGACUUCAAACUCUGCCUACAACUCGUCCUUCUCCUCUUGCUCGCCUUCAGCACCCUCGGGUGGAGGGCCGCCCGCACUACCGUACAGCUUGCUGAUGAUUGGUUGAACCACCUCCUCCAGCUCCUUUUUCUUGGCCUGGAAGUCUUCCAGCUCAGCUUCCUGGUGGGACUCCAUCCACUCGAUCUUCUCCUCCACCGCCUUCUCGAUGAUUUCCUUAUCCUCGUCCGACAGCUUGCCGCCGAGCUUCUCCUUGUCGCCGAUCUGGUUCUUCAGUGAGUAGGCGUAGCUUUCCAGCUCGUUGCGGGAAUCGAUCCUCUCCUUCAGCUUCUUGUCCUCGUCGGCGAAGCGCUCGGCGUCGUUCACCAUGCGCUCG